AUGGGCCCUGUCGUCGACUCCUCCGACCCUCAGAGUCAGGCCACACUUGUCUCCGUCUCCACCACCUUCUUUCCAGGCGCAGCCCUAGAGCCGCUACCAGAAGACCUCGUCGUCCUCUCCUCCGACUCUGUCUUCUUCUAUGUGCACUCCCAUAAGCUCCUCGCUGCAUCCCAUACCGGCUUCGAUGGGCUCCUCAGACGGCACGUUAAAUCUAGCGUAGCAGGCUCCGACCCUGAUCAGGUCCUUCCUCUACCCGAAAACUCCAUGGUCCUCAACGUCCUCCUUCACACACUCUACUCCAUGUCCGUCUCUCAUUAUUCACCCACCCACGAUACCAUCACACAUGCAGUCACUGCAAUGGCUCGAUACGGCAUCCCCAUCAAAGUCUAUAUCGCACCGUCCUCUCCCUUAUUUUGUCUUAUCCUCGCCAACGCGGCCCAUUCUCCACUCGAGAUGUACGCUCUUGCCGCCUCCUUUGACCUCUUCGAACUCGCCGCCUCCGUCUCCGUGCAUCUUCUCUCCCUCCCUCUCUACUCCGUGACCGACGAGAUGGCCGCGAAGAUAGGUCCUGUUUACCUUAAGCGGCUGGUCUUCCUGCAUCUCGGCCGAAUAGACGCCCUUAAACGCCUCCUCGUCUCCCCACCAAAUCCUCACGAACCUACAUAUGAAUGUGAUUCGUCUGAUCAGAAACGAGUCACUCGAGCGUGGGCUCUUGCCUCUGCCUACCUCGCUUGGGAUGCACGACCAGAUUUGUCGACUGGCACAAUACGAAGUGCUCUGUCACCCUUGGCGGAUCACCUCACUUGCGAGCGGUGUAGACUCCACCUCCGGGAACGUAUAAAUGACCUCGUUGCCCAGUGGUCUACAGUAAAGGUAAGUCUUUGCUCGACCUUCAAGCCAUCUUCGCCGCGUGGUUGCUCAUAUGAUCCUAUAGAGAACGAUAUGACCCUAUUAUUAGUCCCGCAACCUCUGGCCUCACGGCGUACUUCACUCCGGAACUUACUCCCAUUCUCGUCUUUCAGUUGUUUCAGCCUACAGAUUUACCCCAUCGGCCAUGAUUGGAGUCGCACCCUUCCCCAUACACGCAGGAUGGGCCGCUCUCCUGGCCAUUUUUGGAGCAUCCAUCCGCAUUCAACGCUAUAUUUCGCGCCAUCAUGA